AAACCUUACCCUGAUGCCAAUCCCGUCAUGGCAGGACCUAACCCAUCCCCAGCUAUGGCGGCGGCGGCGGCGGCGGCCACGCCGGCGAGGGCCUGGUGGCGGCCGGAAAUCCCCGCGACCGCCGCAGCCGCUGCUGGCAGCUGCUUCUUCCGUGCCGGAGGAAGGCGCUUCAGUGCAGGACUUCAAAUGACAGGCAGAGCCAGCAGCAUCCUCCCUCACGUCAAGAGCGGGGAGGCAGCAGAAGGGAGCCCCAACGCUGACACCGAGACCGCCACUGCCAUCGCCCCUGUCGUCGAUGAGGAGACCCUGCGCCACGACCUGGAGACGGCGAUCGAGGAGGAGGACUACGGGCGUGCGGCGAGGCUCCGGGAUGAGCUCCGGCACCUCCGGGAGGACGGGCGGUCGUCCCUGCUGGCGGCGAACACGCGGUUCUAUGACGCGUUCCGGGACGGUGACCUGGCGGCGAUGCAUGCUGUGUGGGCGAAGGGCGAGCACGUGUACGUGGUGCACCCGUCGGCGGGGCGCAUCUCGGGCUACGAGACGGUGAUGCGGAGCUGGGAGAUGGUGUGCGACGCCGAUCACGAGUUCCCGCUGCGGUUCGACCUCCAGGACGUGGAGGUGCACGUCAAGGGGGAUAUUGGGUAUGUCACCUGCCUGGAAAUGGUGAAGACGAGGGGCAGCGGCGGCAGCUGGGGCAAGCAGCUCGCCACCAACGUCUUCGAGAAGGUCGCCGGCGAGUGGCUCAUGUGCGUCCACCACGCCUCGCAUCUCGACGACGACGAUGAAUGAUCAUGGAAGAUGGAUGGUGACCAGGUUCGAGCGCAGGAGGCUUCGCGGUACAGACGUGAGCGUAUAGAGAGAGUUACAGGCCAUACCAUUCAGCAGAGUUGGGAGACGUUUUAUCAUUUAUAGUUCUUCCAUUUUUGUAUCAUCAUCAAAUACAUAUGCUGUUUUGUAUAAUCAAAUACAUAUCCUAUUUUGAGGAAUUAGAUACUCUUUUUCUAUUCCCUCCGUCCCACAUCAAUUGCCGCUCAAACCAAUGUA